AAGAAAAAGUGGUGACAGUUAGUCAUUGUUUCACAUUGUUUUCCAAUUUAAAUCGAACAUUCAAACCGAUUUUUUUUCUUUUUUUUUCUCACAAACAAUUUCAUUCAUUCAUCAUGAACGGUCAAAUCCGAAACGAUCCGGAUAAUCAAGAAAAUAACAACAGAACAUCAAUUUUGAUGCAGGAUAUGUUCUCUUCGUUACAAAUUUCGGACGUGACCAGCACCAAUGAACCAUUGUUCUGUGACAUUCCGCAAUCACAGGCUCCAACAGGACAACCUCGUUCCGGUGAUUUUCGAACUAAACAAAUGAAUCAACCUUGUUGCGAUUUAAAUGAUAACGAAAUUUUUUCAAGAGUGCCCAUGUUGACAUCGAUUCCAUGCAAUGAUCAAGAUUAUCCUUUUUUGCAUAAAAUAUUUCAAAUAUUAUUCGCUAACCCGGAUCUCAUUAAUUGUGCUUUUUUCAAUCCAUCGCACGAUGACUCACAGAUGUCCGAACAAAUGUCGAAAUCGAAAUGCAUUCUCUAUCAAUUGAUUGUCAAACAGUUAGGAUUUGACGGUCAUGAUGAAAUAGCUCACGCAUUGAUGAACAAAGUAGCUGAUCCGAGUGAAAUAUCUAUUUUGCAGCAACGUGAAGACACGUUGUACAAACUAUUCAACAUAUUGUUUUACAUUGAAAUUCGCAGCAAAACUGAUGAAAGAUUUUCAAAUUUUUUAAAUUGGUUUUUCUCAAACAAUGUCGACACUGGCUUCCCUUCUUCACAGCCUAAUUCAAUGAACGUGUCAGCAACUGUUCCUGGCCCUGGACCAGUAUCAACAAAUGCUGAAACAUCAAUUCAACCGUCAUUUUCUCGUGCUCCUGGACAAUUCAGCAGUGUUGGAACAAAUCUGUUGAAUUCUCAAGUGUAUCGUUCUUUGGAUUCAUCGUCAGUCAUCUAUGAGACCGAAUCGGAUGGCCCUAAGUCAUUGUUGUUGAAUGAUGCUACCGUUGGACGCCCCAAACCAUUGAAUGUGACUUAUAAAUUUGGCCAAAUCGGUACAGGACCCGGAUGCUUGGAUACACCACAUGGAUUUUGUCUUGGUCCCAAUGAAGACAUUGUUAUUGCUGAUACAAACAAUCAUCGAAUUUGUGUGUUUUCAUUCGAUGGAAAAUUCAAAUUUAGCUUUGGUGAAUACGGUACCGAGAAUGGAAAGCUUCAUCAACCAAGAAAGAUUGCUAUGUUGCCACCAGCCAUUCUACGACCUGAAGAUCCUAAGCCUGUAUAUAUUAUUUGUGAUCGUGGUUCAAAACGUUCUCGAAUGCAAAUGUUUUCAAUUGAAGGCAAUUACAUGGGUUUGAUUGAUAUGCCACCGAUGGACAUUGUAAGCGGUUUAACCACCACACAAGAUCGUCAUAUUAUUGUAGUCGAUUCUGUUCGUUCUGGUUUGAUUGCCAUGAAUGAAUUCGGUGACCUUUUGAAUUGGUUCACAUGUUCACCGCAUAUGAUGGAACCAUCAGACAUCGCAUUCCACAACAAACAUUUCUACAUAUGCGAUUUCAAAGGCCAUAAUAUUUGUGUUUUUAAUGUACAUGGUGUUCUGGUUCGUCGUCUUUCUGCAAAAAUGCUUCGAUUUCCUAAUGGAAUCGAUGUAACCGCUCAUGGUGAUAUUAUCUGUGGUGAUUCACAUGGCAAUCGAUUUCAUAUUUCAGUUUUUAAUGAAGAAGGUAAUUUGAUUGGUGAUUAUGAAUGUCCAUUUAUAAAAGUAUCACGAUGUUGUGGACUUCGAAUCUCUAAAAAUGGUUAUUUCGUUACAUUGGCCAAGAAUAAUAAUCAUGCUGUUGUUAUUGAUCCUGUUGUUACCUGAUUAUGGCGCUUUUCAACAAUGAUUGAAAUUUAUUCUAAAUCUAAUUUUGUUUAAUCACCGAAUUCUUUUUUAUUCUUUAAAUUAUUAUAAUCAU